AGUUGGUCAUUGUAGAAAGCUCCAAAAUUCCAAAUUCGUAGAAGAGUGCACUGCAUAUUAUAUCUUUUUGUUUGUAGAAAUUUUAAUUUUUAUUGCCAGUGUUUAGUGCCAUAGUGUAUAUUAUUCUAGUUUAUUAUCAUAAUAACAUUAAAUGCAAUGGAAUCGGAGACAAUUAGUGAUUUGGUACAGAAGAUGGUUGUAUCUCUUUGUGGAGAGCAGAAACCAGAUGUUGUUCGGAGAUUUUUGAGAUUUUCCCUGGGCGUACUUUCUUCGACACAAGGAGUGGGAACAGUACGCGAGGAUGAAGUGACAAUUGCUUCUCAAAUAAGAGGGAAAUUAUCUGCAAAGGAUGCUGUGCAGUUUGACAAAUUGCACAAUGAUUUAAAAGACGGGCCUUUGAAAAAUCGCCUGAACGUGUUGAUAUUUCUUCUAAAUUUAGGCCAAACAGAAGAGCAAAUUAAAGAAAAGGUUUUCUCCUUUCCUGACAUGAGAUUAGGACUGAAUUUGCCAAUUGCAUCCACAAGUGCACACUCUUCGCAAUCUUCUUGUUCUCAAGGACUAAUUGUACCAUUAGGAAGUACAGAUUCAAAUUUACGUUGCCUAACGACAAGCAUAAGUAGAAUUUUCAAUGAGGACUGCAUUUCCGAAGAUAUUCUAGUUCAAGACUUGAUUUAUUCAUUCCAAGGCAUUGAGGGGAAAGUACUGAAACUGGAUUCUAAUUUUGGUUUUCAAAUCGAUCCACUCGCAAAAGUUAAUAGAUCGCAAAAGCAGGCACUUUUGAGAUUGAGUGAACUUGGUUACUUACAUAAUGUUGUGAGAAGAGGAUUGGAACGAAUGACGAAAAGUGGAAGCGGACGUGUUGUCGACAGUUUCGUUGCUACCAUUCAUAAAGAAUUGUCGGAAUAUUACAGGUUUAUUGCAAUAAUACAAGAAGAAGUCAAUAGAGGACACAAUUCUCUCGGUCUGGACGGUGUAACUCUGUCUCAUCUUCACCUUUGGGCUUUCGAUCCUCUACAGACUCUAAAACGUCUCGCGAGCAUUGUGAACGUUUGUCAGAGUCAAAAAGGCGGUGCCUUGGCUUCUGCAGUUUAUGAAUUUAAUCAUCAUGGCGACACUGUGGUGAAGACUCUUGUGAAGAGAAUUUUAGAGAGUGUUUGCCAUCCACUUUAUAAUAUGCUGAUGCGAUGGAUCACAGACGGGGAACUUGACGAUCCGUAUCAGGAAUUUUUCAUUGAAGCUCGAGCCGAUGUUGCUGGCGAUAGAAUGUGGCAUGAAAAAUAUCAAGUGAGAAAUGCAAUGGUGCCAACGUUCAUCAGUAAAUCGCAAGCUAAAAAGAUCCUUGGAACUGGAAAGAGUAUAAACUUUUUGCGAGAAGUUUGUAAAGAUUUCACUCCACUCAAGGGAAGGGACAUGGAGGCUUUUAGUGAGGAGAACGAAAAAUAUGUGGAAGCAUUUUUCGAUAUGGAUCCUGAUGGACAGCUGCAAACAAUGAUGGAUGCUGCAUACAAAGAAACCUCGACGAGAGUUGUUGAGAUAUUGACAAAACAGUAUCAUCUUAUGGAUCACUUACAGGGUAUUAAAGGCUAUUUAUUGCUUGGUCAAGGGCAUUUUGUUCAGCAUCUCAUGCAUUUAAUAGAACCUGAAUUGGCAAAACCUGCUAAUUCUCUUUAUCCGCACAAUUUAUCGUCAAUUUUGGAAACAGCUCUCAGAGCAACAAGUACAAAAUUAGAGGAUGCCGAUGUUCAGAGGCGGCUUGAUGUCAGAUUGUUAACAUCUUCGGAGAAUGAAACCGGUUGGGAUGUUUUUGCUCUCGAUUACAACUUCGAUGAACCCAUUGGAACGAUUCUCGAGCCUUGCCGACAGACGUAUCAAACCGUAUUUUUCUUACUGUGGCGAGCUAAGCGAAUGGAAACAAUUUUAUCGGCAAUUUGGAAACAGCAAAUAACCUCGGCGAAAAUGUUUAGAAAAAUGCCCGAAGUCUUGCCAAUUCAGAAUCAUAUUCAUCUAAUUACAAGCAGUAUGGUGCAUUUGGUUCAUCAGAUGCAAUAUUAUUUUCUCUUUGAAGUUAUCGAGUGUUCGUGGGACGUUUUUACAACUCAAUUGGGACAAGCUUCAUCCCUCGAUGAGAUAAUUACGGCUCACAAUCAUUUUGUCGAUUCAGUGAGAAGGGGAACUCUUUUAGAUGAAAACUCUCGGGAAUUAAGGGAUCAUUUGCGAUCAGUGUACAGUCCAAUUCUCGAUUUGCAAAACCUCGAGGAUACAUUUUUGACUCGUGCAAUGCAAGAAUAUGAAGCAAGAUCAAAGUCGGAGAAAAAAAUUGUCGAUACACAUGAACAAGUUAGUAAAUGGGGUCGAUCGGUGAAGACAGAUGCGGACAAUAUAGAACGACAGAAUGCAUUUAAUAAAUACCUUUCAACGCUUUCUCGUCAAUUAAAAGUUCUCUCUGCAACGUAUCAAGAUCGCGUCAAAAAGUUUCUCUUAAUGUUGGCGUCAGCAGAAAAUGUUUCCCUUCAACUUUUAAGCGUUCGUCUGGAUUUCAAUGAAUAUUACAAAAGCAAGGACAGUCGUUUAGUUGCUCCACUGACAUAUCAGCAUCGAAGGCAAAGCGAUCAAUCGUUCCUCUCUUGCAAGUGACAGUCGUCGGCAAAAUUUGAUAAAAUUCCCCUUACAGAUUCUAUUUGUAAUAAAACGUAUUCUGCAAAAUCCUGUACUACUUGGGCCGAGAGCUUAAGUAUUUUCGAGGAAAGCCUUUCUUCUCUUGUUGCGAGAAGAAAAAAUGUUUCUAAUAUUGAUAUUUUAGAGGAAAAAUUUUCGAUUGAAGAAACAAAGGAUAGUUCAUCUGAUGGAAAUUCAGAUGUUUGGUUUCGUAUUUCACGAUUACAUUUUUUACCUUUGGAUGAAAUGAAGGUAUCGGAAGUAUUGUCGAAAGAUUGUGAAAUAAUAGAGAAGAAUAAUAGUGGAAAUUUAGAAUUUUUUGAAAAUCAUGAAAAUCAUUUUGAUAAAUCUUUACGAAAUUCGAACAAUCUUGAAGAGAAUAUUUUUGAUUCUAGUAUUAUUGAGAGGAGGAAAUUGUUGUCGAGUUCAGUGUCGUCGUCUCUUACGAAAUUUGAAUGUUUAAGUGAAAAUGCCUCAUCAUUUGCUAGUGAUAAUUGUAAUUCGGAGAAAUAUUUAUUUGGCGAUAGAGAGAGAAUUAUUAAUAACGAAAAAAAUAAGAAGAGACGUAAAAUUAUUUUCUGUUGUUUAGGAUAAUUUCACUUCUCAUGCCGGAAUCAUUGCCAAGCUGAGUGUCUUUCUUUUUAGAUUUAUGUCGUUUAUUCCAUCCAUAUUUUUGUCACAAGAAGUAUUCUUAAUUAGUUGCUUUAUUAACUAUUAACUAAAUUACGACUUAUUCCAAUUUUUGUAUAAUCAUUGUAAAUAAUUCUUAUAAAUCAAGGCGCAAAAUUUCUAUUUGGUGAAUUAGAGAAAACUUUUUCCGUCGUAAAAAUGUAAAAAAAUUGUAUCAGAUCUAGAUUAUGAGCGCAAAAAUUUUUGCACUGCUUCUCCAAGUUAUGUGCAUGAUAGAAUAUUUUGUUAACUUGUUGCUUCAGUGCCAUGGGAUAUCAAAUAAAAUGAUAUUGUAAAUUA